AUGGUUUUCACACAUUUACGAUUUCUUCCGACAAAUGCGCGGUAUAACCUAUUUUCGAAUGGGAACAGAUUUCACCUUUGGAGUGCUGUCCAGAUGCAAACUUCCAAGUCUCUAGAAUUAAAUACAAAUACGGUGCAAAAGAAAGUUUUAUCUGAGGAAGUAGCCCCUACUAGUAAUAUUAUAACAAGUGAUAUUUGCCCUUCAUCUCGUGUAGUUCCAAUGGUUCUAAGUAAAAAAGAAAAUAUCGUAUUACCUUUCGAUGAUGUCCCUGGUCCAAAGUCCCUAAAAUAUUUGGCGAUUUUUCGCAAUUAUUUAUCAGAAAUUGGAACGCAAGUAACGGCUGGAUUUUUGACAUUCACUGUUAAUGCAGGAGCCUUAUUGAGUAACAGAAAAACCUAUUGGAAUCUUUCAACACUUUUCGACGAGUACGGGCCAGUUGUACGUUUUGUGAGCCCAGUGGGAAGUGAUAUAGUUCUCCUCAACCAUCCAGAUCACAUUCAAAAGGUCUUCAGUAUGGAAGGAGACUGUCCCGUUCGCUCAAACCUGGAAUCCCUGGAAAGAUAUCGCACUGACCAUAAAAACCAUGCUUACGGGGGUUUAUACACUGUUCACGGCCAAGAAUGGGCGCGGCAAAGGUCUAUUAUGUACCCCAAAACGAAAGAACUGUUGUCGCAUCACGUACACGGUCUUUAUGAUAUAACGGAGAAAUUCACGCAGAAGAUUUAUAACUUGCGUAAUUAUCAGGAUGAAAUGUCUAAGGAUUUGUACAAGGAGCUGCAUAAGUGGGCUUUUGACUCUUUGGGCCUUAUAACAUUCGCUAAAAACUUCUGCCUCUUGGACACGGAGUUGAUAUACAAUCAAUGCGACGCGUCGUGGAUGUACCACAGUCUAGAACAUGCCACAGACGCAAUCAUCAAGUGCGAAACUGGCCUACAUUUCUGGAAGUUUUUUACAACUCCCGCCUGGUACACACUUGUAAAAUACUGCGAUAAUUUGGAUAGCCUUAUCGGAAAGUUUGUUCUUGAAAUAGAAAAUGACAUCUGUACGAAAUCUCAACAGGAGAACAUUAGUCCUAAUUCAUUAACGAGUGCAAUGGUUUUAAACGACGAGAAAUUCAAAACUGAGGAUAUAGCUACAAUAUUAAUGGAUAUGUUGCUGAUCGGAGUCAAUACGAUCAGUUCUUCAAUGUCCUUCUUAUUAUACAACAUUGCAAAACACCAAAAAGCACAGAAGCAAUUGUAUCAAGAAGUUGGAAAUUUGUACAAAGACAAUAUGACAGUUGAUAUAAAUAAUUUAAAGAAAAACACUCCUUAUUUACAAGCCUGUAUAAAAGAAACAUUGAGACUUGUUCCACCAAUCCCAUUACUUACAAGGGUUCUCUCUAAAAAUAUAACACUUGAUCAAUACAAUAUUCCUCGGGGGACUUUAAUAAUUAUGUCCACAAAAGAUUGUUCUAUGAAAGAGAGUAAUUUUGAUGAUGCCGAUAAAUUUAUGCCUGAGAGAUGGUUAAGAGAAGAUGCUAAGGAAUACCAUGCGUUUGCUUCAAUUCCAUUUGGCUUUGGAGCCAGGAAGUGUAUUGGCCAGAAUAUAGCCGAAACUAUGAUUUCAUUGAUUACCAUAAAGGUGCUACAAAAAUUCAAGCUCGAGUAUCAUUAUGGUGACAUUCAGGCCACUAAGAGUUUCAUUGCAAAACCGAACAAGCCUUUAAAAAUCAGAUUUGUUGAUAGAAUAUAA